AUGGGAGCUCUACACGAAGGCCACCUCUCCCUCGUACGCCACGCUCUUCAAGAGAACAGCGAUGUCUUCAUCUCUAUUUUCGUCAACCCUACCCAAUUUGCCGCACAUGAGGAUCUCGAUUCCUACCCGGUCACCUGGAAGGAGGACAUGAAAAAGUUGGAAGAGCUUCAACAGGAACACAUCGAGACUGUCGAUCAGUCACAGAAACCUGGAAUGAUCCGGGGGGUCUUUGCGCCCACAGUCAAGACAAUGUACCCUACACUUCCGCCCACUUCAGACAUCGCUGGGCCAGGCUCCUUCGUCACCAUCACACCCCUUGGGUCACAACUCGAAGGAGCAUCGCGGCCGAUCUUUUUCCGCGGGGUCGCAACAGUCUGCACCAAGUUGUUCAAUAUCGUCCAAGCCGAACGCGUCUAUUUCGGCCAGAAGGAUAUUCAACAGUCCAUCCUCAUCAAACGGAUGGUCAAGGAUUUCCAUAUCCCCACCGAGGUUCGUGUCGUACCCACACAGAGAGAAGCGGAUGGAUUAGCCAUGAGCAGCCGGAAUGUCUAUCUGGGCGAUAGGCGAAGGGAGGAUGCUACCGUCCUAUCCAGGGCUCUCUUUGCAACCCGUGACCUUUACAACGAGGGAGUGUUGGAUGUCAGGCGCCUGCGCAAAGCAGCAUUUAACGUCUUUGAGGAGGAUGCCGCAAGAGUUAGAAGCGAUGGGCGAGUAGGCCCUAGUGGUCGCCUUGAGAUCGACUAUAUUGCCGUGAGCCAUCCAGACACCAUGGGCACCAUUGUGGACGACGAUAAACUCAAUCCGCGCAUCGGCGCCGUUGUCAGUGCCGCGAUGAUCGUCUCCCCGGUCGACAAGCCCAAAACUCAAGAAGAGCUGAAUCAGCGCAUCGUCAGACUCAUCGACAAUGUGAUUCUUGAACCCCGCAUAGAUCCCCAAGAUCGAAAGUACCUUAGACAGCAUGCUGCGAACCCUGGAAAGUUUCGCAAAGUUCCGCAAUUGAGCAUUCGGAAAGUCCCUCAGGGGGCAAGAGAGGAUCUGAAACCAGAGGAACAGGCUGGUGGAGUAGGAGGACAAGACGUCGAGGCACCGAAGCAAUGA